AAUUAAGUGCAUCACAAACCAUCUCAUUAAAUUAUCUAAAUUUAGUUAGUUAAAUAUCAAAAUUAAUUUAAAUUAAAAUGUAUCAUUCAAGCCCAUAAAUCAAAAAAAAAAAAAAAAAAUCACCAGAUCAACCUACCAUAGUAGCCGGGUUUAAUAAAUGGUUGCAAGUGAAAAUGUUAACCGGUCUUCUCCAAAAGAUGUAAUUAGCCUCCGUUCUAAAAAAAAAGAAGAAGAAACAUUAUCCUAACUAUCUUUUCAUUUUUUAGACCCAAGUCCUAGCCCAAGACUGAAAAAUCCUCUCACUCAUUUCUGGCGGGAGCCAAACGCCAUUGUCUAUCUACAGAUUCGCACGGAGAAAGGGAAGGGGUUUACUUCUAGCGGCGGCUAAAAGACUUUCUCUAUGCAUAAUGGGGUCUGAAUCAACUCUCCCCGAGUGGGCUCAAAGCCUUGGAUUAUGGGUAUAGAUGAAGCUGGUCGUGUUCCAGUUCUUGGCACUUUAUUACUCGACCUAUGGUGUACGGAUGCUUGUACUGUGCUCGCUCAUAUGAGAAGACUCUCUCUACCCUCAGCUUUGCAGACUUUAAAAUAAGAGAAAAGGGAGGAGUGAUUUUGAAAAUCUAAAGGCUAAUGAAUCAAUUGGAUGGGCUGUUGAUGUUAAUGAUCCGAGGGAGCUCUCAGCUAAAAUGCUUAAGAAGAAUAAGAUAAACCUAAAUGAGAUAUCACAUGAUUCUGCUAGUGGCCUUGUGAAUAGGGUGCUAAACAUGGGAGUUCUUUUAACCGAGGUUUGUGUGGAUACAGUGGGAGAUCCUGAGAAAUAUAGAAUAAAACUGUCUGAAAGUUUUCCUUUUGUCAAGUUUGUUGUUGCAAAGAAGGCUGGUAGUCUUUAUCCAGUUGUGAGUGGAGCAAGUAUUGUUGCAAAGGUAGUGAUUUCCCACCCAUUUGAUUCCCUUAAUUUGUUCUUGCCAAUAUGUUUAUCUUUCAUUCAACCGAGUAGGUUACAAGAGAUUGGGCCUUGUGAGGAUGGGUACUUGAUGAAACAGCUUAAAACAUGGCUAGGAAUUUUGGAUCUGGAUACCCUGGAGUUUUAUUGUUGUGUGCAAAUCCUGAAACUAAAGCUUGGUUGGAACAAACACGAACACUCAGUAUUUGGAUUCCCAACACUGGUCCGCUUCAGUUGGGGUACAUGCACACCCUAUUCCAAGAACAUGGUUGACGUCUUGGGUCAAUUAUCGGUCUUUUCUUUACAUUCCCAUAGCAAUACCCUUCUUCUGCAGCUGCAUCAUUGUGCUGCGUGAUGUGAGGUGCUAUGUGACUCUAAAACCGAAGACAGGAACUAACUUAUCUCAGCUUUUUUUAAUGAGAUGGGCAUUUGUUUGGUGGUCAUGAUACUAAAAGAAACCAGAAGUUGAAUGCGGCAAUAUCACUUCUUUGUUCAGUCAUAACUGCAUCCAGGGAAUGUUUUAGGGGUGAGGUCAAUUUGAAUGAUCUAUGAUUAUUGGGGCCUUGUUCAUCCUUGGACUGGAGGAGAGUCUGAGGUUUAUAGCCGUACGUGUAACCUGCUAGUAUAAAAGUUUGACGGACCCACUUCAAAAUAAAUGUUGCUUCACAAUUCCUUGCUUCUUUUUCUCUUUUGCAUGAGAUGCCAAAACAGGCACAAAACUUUAGUCAGUUGCCUUUGAAGGGUGCACUCCAUGUUACUCGCACAUGAAUAUGGUCCAGUUUGUAGAAAGCAGGAUUGAUUCUUGUAUUUUCAUGGGUGCCAUUUGCAGUCUGAGCUGUGUGGAAUUUACCAAUACCUCAUUUUCCUGUUUUCUUUGCAAUCCAUUCCACAAGAAGAAAAGGGUAAAGCUAUUGAAUGUGUCAUGCUUGGCUACAUUUUUCUUUUUAUUUUUAAGCAGGGAAUCGGAUAAAUUAGUGGAAGAUGGUUCUAGUAGUAGCAGUCGGAAGCGGCAACUAAAAUCAAGCAGUUUUGGUGUCACAACGUCCAAGAGGAAAAGUGAGGAAACUGAAUCUAGUGGUAAAAGCCGCUGCAAGUUUUUCCAUACUCGUAAACUUGAGCAACUUGCAAAUUUCUAGCAAUUAAGUUUGGUUGCUGUUUUAUUCCAUACCUACACUAACUAUUGCUUACCUUCAUAUCAAUGAAUCGAAGAACUAUCCCAGCAUGCAUCUCUUACAGAAGUUAAUUUAACUGAGUAUAUAGUAUGCAGAUUCUAGAAUGUAGCCUGAUGGCUAAGGGUGAAUUUUAACCUAGAAAUAUCAUGGGAAUGUUUAAAAGGAGGCCCUCAGAAUUUGCGUUUUUUUAGUCGUGCAUAUCAACUGUUUUCUUAAAUGCAGUGGUGAGGUCUGUUUCCAUUCAACUGUCCAGGACUACCUCAGGGUUAGGUGAGAAACAGGCUAUUUACACUCGGACUCUGACGGUGCUGGGAUUUGAAUGCGCUGGAUGUUUCUGGCCCCUGAGCACGCACACUUAAGUGUGAUUGCAGACACACUGACUUUAACAUGAUGUACAAACUGCACAGAACAGACUUGUAUACAAACACAACCCAAAACUGAGUGACAAAUACCAUUAUUUUUGCUUAAUGGAUCGAUCUACACUUAGCUUAAUGUACAAUGAGAGCAACAAAGGUGGUUGUAAUCAAUGGAGGCACUAUGCAGUUCACUUGGCGGCUGCCAGCAUUGUGGUGGUUGUUUGGUCGGUGAUUAGCUGCAGCACCUGCUAUGAUUACCGGGACGACUGCUCCACCUCCUUGUGCUUCGCCACCACCGUGUGCAUUGUCAGCUGCCCCAGUUGCUCCACCACCACGUGCACCUCCAUGAGCUGAGCCGCCAUGUGCAAAUUUGCUGCUGUGUACUAUGCCACUUCUUUCAUUAGAAUCAUCGUCAGUGCUACCGAUGCAAUGUUCAUGUGUGCCUGCAGCUCCUAGAUCAUUCUCCUGCAAAGGAUCUGUCCUGGAUACUGUUUAGUCUUUCUCAGUUCAAACAAAAAAUCAAGGGAUUGAUUAACGAAUAGAACUAUGAAUUAUAAAGCUCGAACUUCCAAGUCAUGUCAAUGGUAGUAAAACUAUCAGAAUCCCUUUGAUCUUAGACUCA